GGUGCAAGAAUGUCGCGCUUCUUGGGCUUAAAAUGAACAAAUAAACUACAGGGCUUAAUGUUGGAAUAUCCUUUAAAGAAAUAACAACUUGUAGAUGCCAAGGAAAGGUUAAAGGGAAGUGUAGGCUAUGUUCUGCUGAAGUCACCGUACUUAAACGAUCUUCUUAUUGCAGUCGGGCAGUUUGCAACUUGCAGGGUUGCAACAUCUACGCUUGUUUCAUGUUUAAAGCCAGUAGUAAUGUGAUGGCCCUUGCUUUCUGUAAAGAGGAUUUCUGGUAAUAUAAGCAGUAACCUCUUCUAUCACUUGUUGGCACUAAGGCAGUGAAUCUUCUGGUCGAGAAGAAUGGAUGAGUCCCCCUUGGCUGGCAAGGGCAUUACUGCUGAUGGAGGAUGGGUGCAGUUUUCUGGGUUCACUUCUUGCCCCAGUUGUCUUAACUGCCAUCCAACGGUUUAUUCUAGAUCUUCAGUGAAGUCAGAGCAACAAAAAAGUUGUUUUGUUGUCUCGCUUGAAAGUCAUAAAUCCUCCCUACUGGAGAUUUAAACGUGGCAUUGAAGACUGAACUUGUGUUUCUGACGUUCUUUAAGAUGCUGCAGGUUUUUCUGUGCCCUUCUGUCAAAUACCAUGAGAGACCUUGUAGACAGCACCACGCUGCAUCUUGCAGCGUGACUUGCAAUGAGUAAAUAGUCGUUGUGAUACAAGUGCAAUACUCGCCUUUGUGCUUCAUCUCCGUUAACUGCCAAAUGCUUCUGGCACUGCUUAAGGAGCUCUUUGGAUCCGUGGUGUUUCCUGGGUGGCUGAGGAAUGCAGCCUGUUCCCCCCCUCCCUCCUGAUUUGGAGCCUUUCCAUGCAAGACCUACCCGAUAUCUCUAAGUGAGUUUUUCUUUUAGGAAAGUUUGGUCUUGGCUACUUCCAGCCAUUCAAUAUUGUAAGUUUAGAUAGAAAACAGCUGUGAUCUCUAGGUUAUACAAAAGGGUUGAUUGUAAUGGAUUUAAUUCCUGACUUGUAACUUCUGAGGAGAGAUGUUCUCCAGCAGUUUAACAAAUUUGUAUUACUAACAAAAGUAAUACAUGAGUUUUACAGGGCUGCAUGAGAUGCUGCUUAUUGUUAAUCUGGUUUACCUCAUUUAAUCCAUUCUGCUCAAAGCUGGGGGCAAGUGUCAUUGUAAAGUACGUGGCUAUUGUCUCCUAAGUAAGGCUGAGGACUGUGAAUUCAGUGAGUUGAUUUCCUUGCUGCCGCAGGACUGUGGGAUCCUACAGUGUCAGUGAGUGUCACCUUACUGCUGAACUCUCACCUCACUAAUGUGAGUUCUGCAAAUAUCCAGUAUUAAAAGAAUGGAGACUUCUAGAAGUUGUCUAAUCCACUUUAUAAUCCUCAGUUUGAACCUGGAGUUCUUCUGCUCUGGGAAUUAAGGUGUCUCUUUGCUUGUGUGGGCUUUGUAGUUCUGAGGUUAGUCGCUCACUGCCUUGCAGGCUGCUGAUCUUUGGUGGUGUGUGUGGCAGGGGGAGGGUUUGUGAAUGUUUUUUCUUUUACAACUGCUCCUUUAUAUUGGUCCUGUUCAUUGAGUGACUGCAAUGUGAAGAGAUUGGUUGUGAUACUUGGCAGUCACCUGAUUGCUCAAGAGGCUUAGUCGUGUUUGUUUAUUCCGGGCUGUGACCUGGUGGUGUACCAUGCACUGACACAGUUCUGGUUCAGUUGCUGGACUGGCCAAAACAUUGCAGAUGACCGUAUCUUGGUGGAUCUGAAGCGAUGUGAUUGUAUAAUAAAUUCUGCUUUGUUUAGUUAGUAUUGUUGCAGAUCAGUGUGCUGUUGUAACUGUUCACAAAUUGUUUGACUCGUGGUGCUCAGCAGUUCCUCGUUGUUAGGAAAACUAGGGUUGGUAGCACCUGAAGAGAUUAGGUGUUGAGUGAGCAGAAAACAGAAUAAAGUGCAGUUUGUGUCUUCUGGCUAUAUUAGUAAAAGCUAAGGUGUAGGACAGGGCAUGAGUCUAAGUUUGUAGAGAAUCACUUUUGAAGCACUGGACAGUUGAAUUUUUUUUUUUUUGGCCACAGGUAUUACUUUUUUGCUGGGAAAAUGUGUGCUCUCUGUAGCCUUGUCAGACAGGAGUGAGCUGCUGUCUCUUUAAUCAGGAAAAACUAGGAACACUUGCAUUGCAGUUAAUCAUUUCUUUUUACAAGAUCAGAAUCAGCUGUGUGGCUGCCCUUGUCUCUGGUGUGAUAAGCAUUUAACUCGAGUUAUCCAAGGUUUAGUUUUGUUUCAUGUUUGUGUAUAAACAUGUGAGGUCUAUGUUUUUCCUUGGCUUCUCUUCUGCUUCAGCUUCUUCAGGUGGAGGUAGUGGCUCCUGCAGGAAGGUUCCAAAGAGUUACUCAUUCCUUUAUGUUUUACUGCUCCAUGCCAUGUCCAAAUGCUCCAAUCUUAAAUGCUGUUGUGAGCAUCAGGCCAGAGCUCUUGGUGUUUUCAAGUCUGUGGAGGGGGGACUUGUGAUUAGUAACUUACUCAGCUUGUCUUUAACUAGAGGUAGGUGAGCCUUGACUUAGAGCACUGGAGUUGCACUUUGUGACCCUCAGACUUGCAUGUCUGUAGCACUGUGCUUUGAAGAGCCAAGAGCAGUUUUUUUUAAGGCCAGAGGCAGCAAACUAUUACUGGAAUCUGUGACUACUUUUUCUGCUCUAAUGCAAUCAACAUGUGGUUGAUGCAGCAAUUUAAGGCUGGCUUAAAAAAAAAAAAAAGACAAGCAAGCUCUGCUAGGUUGGCCGUGUAAGUCUUCUGUGGCAUGAUGUCAGAGAGCUCAGUGCUGGGAGCAUGCCCGAACAGUUUGUGUGUAUGCAGGCUGACCAGUCUGUGGGCUCUUCUAGAUACAGCUUUCUGGAAGGAAGUUUGGAUUUUCUGUAGCGGGGCAGCUCUAAAACACUCUCAGCAAGAUGCGAUCUGGCAGGCUGGUUUGGUGAAGCUGGAAGGAAAAGGUUGUGGUCAGGCUUCUAAGAGGCUUUGCAAAUGACUUGGCGCUCUGCUUGUCAUGUGAUGUUCUUGGUAGUUCAAGUGUUGCAAGAGAUGAUAGGAUGCCUUGGAAGCGUGUUUUUAAAUUCCUUUAAGGCAUUUGCUCUUAAACUGGGGCUGCUGGGACUUCAUAGGCCCUUGUAUAACUCUUAAUUAUUCCUGUAUGAGAAGAGCAGUGUGGUGAACAAGAGCAGCCCUAAAGCUCAAGUACUGUGAGAGUCAUAACCUCAACUGGGGCUGGACUGUGGAUCUGACUUGGUGGGCCACCUGCUUUGCUGCUUGAAGAUAUGACUUGCUCUUCAUAGUAUUUCUCCCUGGAAAAAAAAUCCUGAACAUCUGUGGAGCAAGUGAUUCUCAGUGUUGCAGAUGGCUGUACUGAGUCAGACUGAAGGUGGGUCUGACUGUGUGAGUGGUGGGAUGCCUGGGAAAGAGUGGAAGAAUAGAAGAAACUCAUGAUAAACUCUUAGGCUCCAGUGAGUGGCUGCUUGGGUGAUAUUUGUUUAAUAGUGAUUCUUUUCCUCCAUAAACAUGUCAGUUACUUUCUGAACUCAUGUGAACUCUUUUCCUCCAUGAUAACAUGUGGGAACGAGCUGCACUGUGUGAGGAACUACUUCCUUCUGCUGGAACCUGUUCUUGAACAUUCUUUCAUUUUUGUGUUACAGAUAGUGAGUAAUCAUGACUUUCUUCUCUGCUUUGUAUUCUUUCUUCUUGGGUAUCUUUGUGCUGAGGAGUUUCCUUAGAAAGUGAGUAAGGGGAAAAACUUUUACCCUUGCUUUCCUCUAUUCUGGAACUUCCAUAAUCUUAUUCAGGUGGACAUAGACACUACUCAAUGGAGUGUAAUAAGCACCACCUGUCCUUAUGUUUAAAGGUCACCUCCUCUUAGAUGUAAAAGAACUUGGUUUUUUUCUGUGAUGCUGACAGAUUAUGUUAGAGGGCAGUUGUGAACCUGCAAGCCAGCAUACCUUUGACUGUGGGAGGAAACAAACCUAGCUGUUUGUCACCUCUUUAUACCGACAUUUUUAAAUGAGCUGGAGUUUGCUUGCUUCUGUCUGGAAGGGAGGGGGACAAGGCAGGGGAACAGCUGUUUGCAGACCCCAAUUCCUUCACCAGUAGUGAAAGGGGGGCUGCUAGUCUGGGCACUCUUCACCUCCCUUCUUCCUAACAGGCUUUGUGCAAGCAUGUCAGCUGGAUAUAAAACUUGUUUAAAUCCCUAAGCCGUGUCCAGAUGAGGUUGGCACCUUGGUGGGAGCGGUGGAUGGGGAACAAUUGGUGCAUGAGUACUUGGAUGCAGUAAGUGAGAACAAGGGAAGCCGUCAUACCAAAAAGAGCAGCAGGUAGUGUGAAGUCAUGGCUAUCCUGUUUGCUGUUGUGGCGAGGGGCACAACCAUCCUUGCCAAACAUGCCUGGUGUGGAGGAAACUUCCUGGAGGUGACAGAGCAGAUCCUGGCGAAAAUACCAUCUGAAAAUAACAAACUGACCUAUUCACAUGGAAAUUAUCUGUUCCAUUACAUCUGCCAAGACAGGAUUAUAUACCUCUGCAUCACAGAUGAUGACUUUGAAAGAUCCAGAGCCUUCAACUUCCUGAAUGAAAUCAAGAAGAGGUUUCAGACCACAUAUGGCUCAAGAGCACAGACAGCCCUUCCCUAUGCAAUGAACAGCGAGUUCUCAAGUGUCUUAGCUGCACAGCUGAAGUACCACUCGGAGAGCAAGGGCACUGACCAGGUGGCAGAGACGCAAGCUCAAAUCGAUGAACUUAAAGGAAUCAUGGUUCGAAACAUAGACCUUGUGGCACAAAGAGGAGAGAAGCUGGAGUUGCUGAUUGAUAAAACAGAGAAUCUUGUGGAUUCGUCAGUCACUUUCAAAACUACCAGCAGGAACCUUGCUAGAGCCAUGUGUAUGAAGAACCUCAAGCUUACUAUCGUCAUCAUCAUUGUAUCAAUUGUUAUCAUCUAUAUCAUUCUAUCGGCUGCCUGUGGUGGGCUUGCAUGGCCAAGCUGUGUGCAGAAGUAACUGGAGGCAGCUGGUGCUGGUCACCUGGAGAUGAGAAUCACAGGAGUGUGAAGAAGCAACCUACAGAAUAACUCUUACUCUUUCACUACUGACACCUUCUCAUUCUUCCAUCCCUCCAGGACCUCAGACUUUUUUGCCUUAUCACCCCAAACAGGCCCAGCUGGUCACUGCUUCUAUGCAGCUGUAACCUCAAGAAUGGGCUGUUUUAAAUUACUUGAAGGGAUUUUUUUUUUUUUUGUUUCUUUUUCUGUCCCAACUACAACCUUCUCAGCUGGGUGGGCAGUAUGUCCAGCUCUGGAGGAUUAUGUGCAUGCUCGCCCAUGUGUCCAUGUAGCUUUGCACUUUCAUGUGAGCCUGCAAGUGGAGAACAAUACUGCUAGCAACUGUCCUACCCCUGGGGAUGGUGUUAGAGUGUAGUUCGGAGUGGGCUGAGCCUAACUAAUGGGGGAGGGACAAGAUGGGUGCACGUGUGCAUUUCCACUUUCUACAAAUAUUGGAGAUCCAGGUGCCUCUCCCUGCAUAUCUGGCCUCGCGAGGUUCUGUAGCGUUUCAACGCGUAGAGGUUGCCAGUGGAAUCUUGGUAGUAACAGAAAGGGCUUUUGGGCCAGGGCUUUAUGCACUGUGAGAUGUAGGUGCUGCCCCUGUAUGAAACCUCCCUUUUCCUGGAGGUCUUUCUACAGGUGGUAGGAGAGGGUGUUGGGUCACCUCAGCAUUUUGAAAUGGCUGCCUCUUCAUCCUCACUUCUUCCUCAUCUCCCCCCCCUUAAUUUGUGGCUAAAUCGAUACAGUAAAGGAGAUGGUUGCAUAUAGUUACGGUUGCAGUAAUGUAUCUGCUUUCUCAUGUUAUUUCUCCUGUUCUUCUUUUGAGGGUGGACUAAAAUGAAUACUAAUGCUAUCACUUGCCAAGGUGAAAUUGGGGGCCAAUCUAUUGAUCUGGCUUGACAAGGUGUCAGGUAGCUGCUGCUUGUGCUUCUACUCUGAAGGUGUGCGCCAAAAACUGAGGACAGAGAAGGGACAGAAGGUUGGAGCUGAUGGAUGGUUACUUUCUCUAUGGUCUGAAAAAGACAGGCUUUUUCAGAGGAUGUAGUAACAUGUGCUCCUCUGAAAAGAAAAAAAACAAAACCAAACCCAAGGCUAAUAACCAAAUGUAGGAUCAGGUAUGCUGAUGAUGUGCUGCUCUCAGAGGAGAUGGGGACAGCUUUGCCUGCUCUUGGAAGCUGUGAGCACUGACUGUGUUUCUGUCCCAGCUGGAUGUCUGAAUUGUCAGGCCAGUCCUGGCUGCCUGGAGCCAAAGCUGUUGUUGCCUGGGGUGAGGGGCGUAGGGACUUGUGUCUUGUAUCUUACAGGCUCAUUUCCAAGAGAAGAAAUGGAAACAACUGAAAUCUUACAAAACCAUCAGAUGGUCAAAGGAAGCUGCAUCUUCUUGGUCCAGGGACGUGGCUUCUAAUGGUGGGUGGAAGCUGUCGCAGUAUGGGAAGGGGAGGCUUAAUGUGUGACUAAACUUGAGGACUUGGUUGGUGCCAUGGGUUCCCUGCAGCAGGCAGGGCAAGGACAUGAAAUGGCUGCUCCUUCAGGUGCUUUUUGUUACACUGACCUUGGAGCUUUCCAGCAGGUGCCAGGUAAAGAGCUCUCCUGUAAACUUGUAUGCUUAUUUGGAUUUGUCUUCUACUAGGCUGAAAUUUAACUAAGGGUAAUCAGAUCUUGAUGUCCAGAAAGUGUCAGUGGGUCUGAUCAGCGCUGUGGUCACUGGCAUCUGUUUCUAUUUGUGUUAAUCAAAUGUAAAGCUUAGAGAAAGACUUCCUCCCUCUUACCUCCUGCUCUUACAGCCACCCACAGUUCAGUGUACAAUUGUGCAUGUUUUAGGGAUUGUUGAUGUUACUGUGUUCAUUUCUAUGAUUUGUUGUCUUAUGUACAAAUACUUUUUAAAGAAAAUACUUCCUUUCCUUUUAAAGGAUGCACAGAGGCAUUAGUGUAAAAACAAAGUUAACUUGAUUUAAAUAAAAUUACUGUACAGAAAGCAGAUUUCCUUAGUUUUGUGGAAGGUGGGUCUAGCACUAGAUAUAGAGUGUUGGCAAGAACUCCUCUGUGAAACCAGUGUGUACCAGAGGCUUGGUGUCACCCCGCAUGGCUGCUCAGAGGAAUCGCGUGUGGAAGUCUUGCUGUGAAAUAGUUUCCACAAUGGCUGUGUAAAACCUCUCGGCUUUGGAAGGGUUGUGCCUUGGUUCCGAUGCAGGUGCUAGAGCCUGCUGUGACUUGAACAGGGGCUUGUUUCUGGUGGUGGAAAGAAUCUGCUUCUCCCUGUUGUGAACUCGGAGAGUCUGUGAGUGCCUGGGACAAAGGGACACUGAGGGACACAGGACAAGGUGCCCACUUGCUCAGAGCAUUUGUGGGUGGAAAGGAUACAAAAGGAAGAGUGGUGACACAGACAGUGGAGUGCUGUUAUUACUUGGAAGCUAAAUGAAAGGUGUGUGAGAACUUUAAGGCAUUUUUCAGUGAUCUAAAACCCCACUAUCUUGAGGGAAAUCCCCAGGAAUGGGUGCCUUUCCUCUUCUCUAGUCACAGCUGGGAAGAACCCACUUUUUCCAGAAGAGUUUGAUACAGACUGACCUACUGCUCGCUGUCGUGCAGUAGAGCCUCUCUGUAAAAACUCUGUAGCCUUUCAUCUACCUCGGGAAUGUUAAAUGCUGAUGUAGUAUUAGGUUUUGGAAGCAGGCUCAUGCAUCAGUAUGAGGGAGUUGGAUUUCCUCUUAAGCUUGCAGAAACUGCUAAGAGUUCUGUUGAUUGUUAUCUUGGUUUGAGGCAAGGUAGCAUUCUAAUGGUAUCUGCUGGGCCUCAGGAUGAUCUAGAAUAUAAAAAUCUGAAGGAAGAUCACUUGGUAUGAGAACAGCUUAGAAAAAUGAAAGGAUGAAACUUAAAUUAACACCUCAUUAGCAUGAUAGUUCUUACAGAGCUGGGUUUUGUGCGUUUUCCUGAUCUAUGGCCCAAAAAGCAAACAAAUGGCCCUCUCCUGAAGUGGGACAGCCAUCUUCAAGUGCUUGUCAGCACUGGAUUUAUACUUAAAAUGCCCAUGAAUUUGAGCAGAACCUAACCUCAGAGUAAGGCCCUGGUUAACCUUUUUGCUUACUUCUCUUAGCCUCUGGUCUGUCUAGGAAUGUGUAUCCAAAUCCCUGUCUCUGUAGACAUCCAUGCUGCAGUUCUUCAUAGAAACAGUAUCACAUGCCUGAUAACCUUUAACUAGAAUAUAACCUUAAACUACUGAAA